AGUGGACCGUCCUACUUUUUUUGUAGCUUUGCUUAAAGUCGAGAAAUGAGAAGGUCGAUUGAAUCAAUGGGUGCCAACAUAUUCAUCAUGUUGAAAAUAACUCAUUUUGAUUUCGUUUUCGUGUUUCGAAACAUGUUUCGAGUCGCUACUUUCUUCUGGGUUUUCCUCCUCAAAUUCAUUGGAUCAUUCUUCAGGUGGCCGAUUAAUGGAUACCUCCAGGAUUUGGGCUCAAACUUUUACGAGCAAAACGAAAGACGUGGCAAUGAUCAGGUCGUUGAUCAAGGAAACAUAGAAGGAGAGAGUUUUGCCAUGGCGGCAAGCACCAGAAAGUAUGAGUUUCUGUAUAGGAAAAGUAUUAGCGGAUUCAUUGAAGAACCAACGGCAAAGAGACUUACCGUGCAUGGGUUCUAUAUGGGCUCAAAUGACUCCGCCAAUUGCAACGGUGGAAUCCUUGAUUCGUCGGACCCUGUUGGUGCUGAUUUUGGGAACGUCGAGGUUGAGGUUGAGAGAAAAAUAGAGGAAUGUGCUCUAAGGUUUUCCUUUCAAAAGAGUUUCGACUUUGAGGAACAUAUCAAAGAAGAAGAGGCGGUUGAGGAUUAUGUCAGGAAUUCUGUUGUUGAAACAACUAUGGAGCAGACAGAACAAGACAUCAAAGAUGUUGUCAGAGAAAAAACAGAGGAAUCAGUUGUGAAUUUCAUUGCAGAGGUUGAAUCAGAAGAUGAUCAACAUGUUGCAGAGCAGAAAACGGGUGACUUUUUUGAGAGUUCCGUAAUCGACAAGUAUUUGGAAAACGUGGAACACGAAAACCAUGAACGGAACGCAAGGACUUCAUGUGACAAAGCAACAAUAUUUGAAGAAGAUGAUAAAGAAGCGGAGUCGAUGGUUUCCCCAGAAAAGAGCAGAGGACCAAGCAUCAUGCAAGACGAUGAAGAUUCAGAGUUUGGUUGGGAGCACGGUGAUGAUUUGAUGGAGCGGCUGAAAAUGGAAGUGAAGAUUGCGAGAACAGGUGGACUUGCAACUAUUUUAGAAGAUUUCGAGUCCCCAAACAUGGUGAUCGGGCCACUGCAAAUUGACCAAAGAUAUGAUCACAUUGCUGAGACCCAACAGCUUUACAAGAGCUACUCUCAUAAGAUGAGGAAACUUGACAUUCUGAAUUCCCAGGCCAUGCAUGCAAUCCGUUUACUUCAACUAAAAGAUGUACCAAUUCAACUAAGCACACCUGCAAAAUCUUCAGCACCAGCAAUUAAGUCACUUCGUAAAGCAUUGUCAUUCGGACAAAGGAAGGUUGGAGCUGACCCAACAAUGAAGUUGAUUAGAGGAUUGCACAAGGACUUUGAGACAGUCUAUGUUGGACAAAUAUGUCUUUCAUGGGCAAUACUCCAUUGGCAAUUUGGACAAGUGAAGAAGUUGUUGGAAUGUAACACCCUUGGUGUUAAUCGGUAUAACCAAGUUGCUGGUGAAUUCCAACGUUUUCAAGUCCUUCUGCAAAGAUUCUUAGAGGACGAACCAUUUCGAACCGGAUCCAGAGUUGAAAAUUACGUCAACUGCCGAUGUUUGGUUCGACGUCUUCUUCAGGUUCCGGUUAUCAAAGAUGAUUGCUCAAAGUAUAAGGAAGAUGCAGUCUCAAGUGAGAUGCUAAAAGACUUCAUUGAGGAAUCAAUGCAUGUUUUCUGGGAAUUCCUCAGAGCCGAUAAAGACGAACCGGAAUCGACCUCCAAGGCCCGGUUUCAAUCGCAGGUUGCUCCGCAUGAGCCUAUCGAUUUCGAUCUCUUGAAGGAUGUUAGAACAGAUCUUCAAAAGAAGGAGAAGAGGCUCAAGGAAAUUCAGAGAGGCGCCAAAUGUGUAAUAAAGAAGUUCCAAAGGCAAGAACAUCAAGGGAACCUAUUAGAUCAUGCAUUGUUCAUCGCUGGCGUUGAACUGAAAUUGGUUUCGCGAGUCAUAAACAUGUCGAAAAUAAACCCGGAUCAGUUAGUUUGGUGCCAUGAAAAAUUAAAAAGGAUUAACUUUAUAAGUAGCAGGAAGAUAGAGAUAGAGCCCUCAUUUACACUGUUCCCAUGUUAACAACGGCAUCACGGCCAUCACAUCUCCCCAUAUAUGUAAUAAAGGUUGCUUAUUAAACUAAGUUGAUUACAAAAUUAUAAUUGGUC